GAGCGCGGGGAGGGGAGCCCACGCAGGCUGCUGCGGCAGCCCGUGGAGCUGCCCGAGUUCGCGGACACCUCCUGCCUGCAGCGGGAGGCUCUAGAAAGUUCUGGUGAGCGUAAUUGGGAGAGCUGCAGUCACCUGAGACGUGAGGCAGGGGUCCUGGGAGUGUCCCCUGUGCGCCUAGACAGACUAGAAUUGGCGGGGAGGGCUCGGCUCGUGGGGCCCCAGGGGCCUGAGGGAAACGGUCGCCUGGGAGUGCAAGAAGCAAAUUGGCUGCCCGGAGUGCAGGAGGGACAGGUGGUGCGGGCCGUCCAGGAAACUUACCUGAACGCAAAGGAGUGCCAAGGGGUAGAGGGACCCCCAGGAGGUCACCGGACCCGCCGGCGUAGGCGGAGAAGGAGGUGGUAGACCACUGUCCAGUUUCCUGGAAUCAGGAUCCCUCCAGGCCUUAAGGUAAUGCAAGAUGUAGGGGCUUGGGACCAGGCUUUGGGGCAUGGGGAGCAGAAGCAUACGGUGAACCUGAGCUUUGGAAACCUGAAGGCAGGCAUAGCCUGCAGGAUCUUCUGCUACCUCAAGUCUAGGCAUCAUCGAAACUGUGUCUGCCUGGAAGCAGCUGAGAGCACCAGCACCAGAGGCUGGGGAACAGCAGCAUGCAGCCAGAGGAAGGUACAGGAUGGCUGCUGGAAUUGCUAUCUGAGGUGCAGCUACAACAGUACUUCCUGAGGCUUCGUGAUGACCUCAAUGUUACUCGCUUGUCCCACUUUGAGUAUGUCAAGAACGAGGAUCUGGAAAAGAUUGGCAUGGGCCGACCUGGCCAGCGGCGGCUGUGGGAUGCUGUGAAGAGGAGGAAGGCCAUGUGCAAACGCAAGUCAUGGAUGAGCAAGGUGUUCAGUGGAAAGCGGCUGGAGACCGAGCUUCCCCCCCAUCACUCUCAAAGCACCUUCCGGAAACCCUCACCCACCCCAGGGGGCCCAGCAGGGGAGGGGACCCUGCAGAGCCUCACCUGCCUCAUCGGGGAGAAGGACCUGCGCCUCCUGGAGAAGCUAGGAGAUGGCUCUUUUGGGGUGGUGCGCAGGGGCGAGUGGGAUUCCCCUGCAGGAAAGACGGUGAGUGUGGCUGUGAAGUGCCUGAAGCCUGAUGUAUUGAGCCAGCCAGAGGCCAUGGACGACUUCAUCCGGGAGGUCAAUGCCAUGCAUUCACUUGACCACCGAAACCUCAUUCGCCUCUAUGGUGUGGUGCUCACCCCACCCAUGAAGAUGGUGACAGAGCUGGCACCUCUGGGAUCAUUGUUGGACCGCCUACGUAAGCACCAAGGUCAUUUCCUCCUGGGGACUCUGAGCCGCUAUGCUGUACAGGUAGCUGAGGGUAUGGGCUACUUGGAAUCCAAACGCUUUAUUCACCGUGACCUGGCUGCUCGAAAUCUACUGUUGGCUACUCGUGACCUGGUCAAGAUUGGGGACUUUGGACUGAUGCGAGCUCUACCCCAGAAUGAUGACCACUAUGUCAUGCAGGAACAUCGCAAGGUGCCCUUUGCCUGGUGUGCCCCUGAGAGCCUGAAGACACGGACCUUCUCCCAUGCUAGUGACACCUGGAUGUUUGGGGUAACAUUGUGGGAGAUGUUCACCUAUGGCCAGGAGCCCUGGAUUGGCCUUAAUGGCAGCCAGAUCCUACAUAAAAUUGACAAGGAGGGGGAGCGCCUGCCUCGGCCAGAGGACUGCCCCCAGGACAUCUACAAUGUUAUGGUCCAGUGCUGGGCUCACAAGCCAGAGGACAGACCUACAUUUGUGGCCCUGCGGGACUUCCUGCUGGAGGCUCAACCCACCGACAUGCGGGCCCUCCAGGACUUUGAAGAACCAGAUAAGCUGCAUAUCCAGAUGAAUGAUGUCAUCACUGUCAUCGAAGGAAGAGCUGAAAACUAUUGGUGGCGUGGUCAGAACACCCGGACACUGUGUGUGGGGCCCUUCCCUCGCAAUGUAGUAACCUCUGUGGCUGGUCUGUCAGCCCAAGACAUCAGCCAGCCCCUGCAGAAUAGCUUCAUCCACACUGGGCAUGGUGACAGUGACCCUCGCCACUGCUGGGGUUUUCCUGACAGGAUUGACGAACUAUAUCUGGGAAACCCUAUGGAUCCUCCUGACUUGCUGAGUGUGGAACUGAGCACUUCCCGGCUCACCCAGCAUCUAGGAAGAGUGAAAAGGGAGCCUCCACCUCGCCCACCUCAGCCUGCCAUCUUCAGUCAGAAGCCAACCUAUGACCCUGUGAGUGAGGACCAAGACCUCCUGUCCAGCGACUUCAAAAGGCUGGGCCUUCGGAAGCCAGUACUGCCCCGAGGGCUAUGGCUAGCGAAACCCUCAGCCCGAGUGCCAAGCACCAAGGCAGGCCGUAGCAGUGGGGGAGAGGUCACACUCAUUGACUUCGGUGAAGAGCCUGUGGUUCCAAUCCCACGGCCCUGUGCACCCUCAUUGGCACAGCUGGCCAUGGAUGCCUGCUCUUUGCUGGACAAGACACCACCACAGAGCCCCACACGGGCACUGCCACGACCCCUUCAUCCCACACCUGUAGUAGAUUGGGAUGCACGCCCCCUGCCCCCACCCCCCGCUUAUGAUGAUGUGGCCCAAGAUGAGGAUGACUUUGAGAUCUGUUCCAUAAAUAGCACUCUAGUGGGUGAGGGGUUCCCUGCUAGACCCAGCCAGGGUGAGACCAAUUAUGCUUUUGUGCCUGAGCAGGCACGGCUGCCCCCCGUCCUGGAGGACAACUUGUUUCUCCCACCCCAGGGUAGUGGCAAGCCACCUAGCUCAGCCCACACCGCAGAAAUUUUCCAGGCAUUGCAGCAGGAAUGCAUGCGGCAGCUGCAGGUCCCUACUGGCUCACUGGUCUCCUCAACUGUUCUGGGGAGUGAUGACAAACCCCAGGUGCCUCCCAGGGUACCCAUUCCCCCUCGACCCACACGCCCAUGUGUUGGGCUAUCUCCAGUCCCCUCAGGAGAGGAAGAGGCAGUUGGGUGGCCUGGACCAACCUCUCCUCCCCGGGUACCUCCUCGGGAACCCCUUUCCCCUCAGGGUUCAAGGACCCCAAGCCCUCUGGUGCCACCUGGCAGCUCUCCUCUACCAUCUCGGCUUUCCAGCUCACCUGGAAAAACCAUGCCCACUACCCAGAGCUUUGCCUCAGACCCUAAGUAUGCCACGCCCCAAGUUAUCCAGGCUCCAGGCCCACGAGCUGGUCCCUGCAUCUUGCCCAUUGUCCGUGAUGGCAAGAAGGUCAGCAACACCCACUACUACCUGCUACCUGAGCGCCCUCCCUACCUGGAACGCUACCAGCGCUUCCUGCGUGAGGCCCAGAGCCCUGAAGAUCCAGCCGCCCUGCCAGUGCCCCUGCUAUUUCCCCCACCCAGCAUCCCAGCUCCUGCUGCUCCCACUGCCACAGUUCGGCCAAUGCCCCAGGCUGCCCCUGACCCAAAGGCCAACUUCUCCACCAACAAUAGCAACCCAGGGAUCCGACCACCAGUCCUGAGGGCCACUGCUCAGCUGCCACAGAGGGGCUGCCCUGGGGAUGGGCAAGAGGCUGCACGACCAGCAGACAAAAUCCAGAUGCUGCAGGCCAUGGUGCAUGGGGUGACCACAGAGGAGUGCCAGGCGGCCCUGCAGAGCCACGGCUGGAGCAUGCAGAGGGCUGCCCAAUAUCUAAAGGUGGAACAGCUCUUUGGGUUGGGGCUGCAGCCACGGGUGGAGUGCCACAAAGUGCUGGAGAUGUUUGACUGGAACCUGGAGCAAGCUGGCUGCCACCUUCUGGGUUCCUGUGGCCCUGCCCACCACAAACGCUGAAAUGUGUCUGAAGAGCUUAAGUCUGUCCUGAAGAAAUCACUUGAGCCUGUUCAUGGGACAAGAGCGGGAAGAUGACCCCACUCAGGUGUGGAGGACCUGCUACUACCUGUUGCUCUCAGUGGACAGAGUGAGGCCAAAGCCAUAGGAGUCUGGGAGCCCUACCUUGCUCAUCUCACUUGCACAGCUCUGCCCCUGCAUACCUUGGUUCAGCCCUCAGUGACCCUGCCAAGAGGCGGGAAAGAGCUCUGUGGAAGUAGGCAGGGGAGUUAGUUGCCUGAGCAGGCUGUGUGUGACCUGUCUCUGGCUCCAGACUGAGGCUGGAUCUGUGGCUGAAGUGUGCCCCUGAGCUCUGUCCAAGUGUACCAGACUAAGAGGAAGCCAGACUUCAGUUGAGCGGGGAGUAUGUAUUAGCCACCACAGAAAGGUGGGCCAGUACCCUGAGGGCCUCCUUCAGGACUGGGCUUUUUCCAAGGAGCUCAGACAGGCAUUUGGCAUGUUAGACUUGUGGCCCCACUAUGCACAGGUUACGGGGUUUGUCUGGUCUUAAGGAUCUCAUGCCUGGAAAUAGCCCGAGGUGGUUGAAGAAGCAAAAAAAGGGUGCUAGACUAUUUUCUGGCAAGGACACAGGGUUCAAGUCCCCAGAAUUGGAAGGAGACCCGAGGGAUUGCUGCCCUGGAGGGACACUAGUGCUUCCUGUUUGAUCUCAACUCUUCUGUGCUGUUACCUGUUUUCCCACUAGCCUGCCGCCAAAGUUCCUGUCCCAGCCAUGGGUAUCUGCUUCUUCCAGAGAAAUAAAGUUAUUUUCUAUUUUAUGUUA